AGAACUUUUGUGAGGAUUGGUCCUUGUGUUUUUAUUCAGUUCAAUGUUCAUAUUGCUAUCCUUUACAAGUCUACGACGUGAAGAAUCAACCACAUGACUGUCCCAGAAGGCCCUCAGCAGACAUGUUGGGAUGAGGCCGUUUAAAUAGUUUUAGUGCUGUCUUGUCUCCUUCUGCACUGAAGUGAAGGGGAAAAAACUCCCGAACAAGUAGCAUAUAUUCCCAACGCAUUAUACUGAUGUCCUUUUAUCCAGGAUUUUCACAUCAGUACAGAUGAAGGUUCAGGAGAGGAAACUAGUUCAUACAAAUCACCCCGCGACGGUCACAAGUUCAGGGAGUCGACGGUGGUUUUCUACUUGUUCUGCAGUUGGUGUUUUGUACCGCCAGGCGUUGUUUUGGGAAGGGCGGUUACGACAGAAAACCGGGCGACGUGGAAGCGUGGAGAAUGUCAUGUACGCGCGUCUCGCUUGUGAUCAGGGCUUUUUCCAAUAGUUUUUAAAAACGGAUUUUCAGUACAGAUAAAGGUGUAUUUUAAAUAGUAGAGAGGAUAAAAAAAACAACUGACAUUCUUAAUAUCGUGCAUAAAUUAAGAUCUAUAGCCAUGGAUGAGGCAAUAGCGAUUCUUUUAAUAUCCGUUGCGAUGUUUUUGGGAUGCUUUCUAUUAGGUUUGAUUCCACUUCUGAUGAAACUUUCUGAGAAGAGGCUGCAGUUUGUUAGUGUAUUCGGGGCAGGCCUGCUCUGUGGUACAGCUCUAGCUAUCGUCCUCCCAGAAGGGGUGGAACUACUGGAAGAGUCAUGGAGAGUCUCCUCCUGCUCUGUCGCCCCAGCAGCAGCCAAUCAGAAUGCCAGUGACGUUGGGGUCGGGCAGCAGCUCCAGGAGGAGGACUCCUCCUCUAAAGGUCUCCCAGCACGGUUCUUCAUCGGGGUCUCCCUGGUCGUAGGGUUCAUCCUCAUGUUCCUGGUGGACCAGAUCAGUAGCUACUGCUCCAGACACGAUCCACGGACUGGGAUGUCCAACAGGACCAGUAUCACAGCUACACUGGGACUGGUUAUCCAUGCUGCUGCUGACGGUGUAGCGUUAGGUACAGCCGUGGCUUCCUCCCAGGUCACAGUUCAAGUCGUGGUGUUCCUGGCUGUUAUUCUGCACAAGGCUCCUACAGCGUUUGGUCUGGUCACCUUUCUGAUGCAGGCAGGUGUAGAGAAGAAGCAGAUUCAGAAGCAUCUCUUGGUGUUCUCUGCUGCAGCACCAGUACUCUCCAUCAGUACAUACUUUAUCCUGAACGCGUGUGGUGGUUCGCCCCAGAACCGUCUGAGUGCUACAGGUGUUGGGAUGCUCUUCUCCGCCGGGACGUUCCUCUACGUAGCUACGGUCCAUGUACUACCAGAGAUCAGCUCCAGGGGGCAGCAGAGCUCUCCCCACAUCCACGGGACUGGGAGCGGGCAGCUGGAGGUCCUGGAGAGCCUCACGCUGAUACUAGGAGCAGGACUACCUGUGUUACUGGCCCUGGGACUACGUGAUGACUAGUCUUGUGAAUCGACGCUAUUGAUAGUGAACAUUGAGAAUUAAUGUGAAGGAAGCCUGGAAAUCAAGUCUAUAACUAAGACCGACUAGUUAACGCAAAGAAGACAACCCACAACAUGUUACCAAACAUUCAUUUACACUGGAGUACACCUCAACUCUUACAUAGCUGGAGAUCAAUUGGGGGUGUUUCUGUGUGUGAUGCAGUACGUGUCAGUGUCUUUUUCUGAGAGGUCAUAAGGACAUGGGCUUUGAGCAAGCCAACAAAGGUAGGAAUAGUGUGUGUGUGUGUGUGUGUGUGUGUGUCAUGUAAAAGAGUGGGAUCAAAGAGAGAGAGGGCAGUGUGUGUGUGUGUGUGUGUGUGUGUGUGUGUGUGUGUGUGUGUGCGCGACUCUGGUUUAUAGAGCUUUUGUAAUAGUUUGUCUUAUCCGAUCUCAGUGGGACAUUCUUUUGAGCUAAACUUUUGAAGUUGUCUGAAAAGAACAAGACCAUUUUUAGUAAGUGGACCCGUUUUCAAAAUAACCCCGGUUUCCUGAUGUCCUUUGUACCUCUACUGAACAAACAAAACAUUUGUUUAUUUAUUUAGGUUAGCUAAAAAAAAAAGUCCCCAAAACCAGAUUUGAAUCAAAUGGAUAACAUUUCGUCUUUUGUAAUUUCUGAGAAAUGUUUUGGCUGGGUUGUGUAAGGUACUGAGGUAUUCAGGGAAGGUUGUGAAAAACUAAAAAAAAAAAAAACACUUUAUCAGAAUUUAAAUGGUUGUCAUAACGACGUGGCCUAAAUAAACCACAAUAUAGUGAUGAUUUAUUGAUUUUAUAUUGGAUGUGAUCAAGAUAUGUCUUUAUAGACAAGGAGAGAUCUUAAAUACAUUUCUACAUGGUGUACUAUAGCCAGGACAAUGUUGUCUGGUUACCAGUCUGUUUAGAUAUCGUAACACUUCCUGGCAAUCUGUGUCAAAUGCUAAACAUCUUUAUAACACAGAGUACCCUAAGUGGAAUAUUAUCCAAACAGAUUGGUCCCCAGGCUAAGGACAAUAGGCUGUAUUUUUAAUGAAUACUUUAUCAUAACAAUCAUAGAUUUAAAAACAAAAAAUGUUUUUUUAAAGUACAUGACUUGUAAAUUGCUGAUUAAUAAAGUUAGAUUGUAUUGAA